AUGGCGAAAUAUCUCAAAAAUAACAGUAGUAAUCGCAACCAAUUUCAGCAGUUCAUCAACAAGGCCUCCCAGACUAGUGUUCUUGCAAGCUGUUACAGUGUGACUGAGCCGACCUCAGCAGUCAAGGGCUUCCACUACUGCACUACGACGGGGACCGGAUCGAAGCCCCCUUCUUUAAGUCCUCCCUUCGAUACAACCGUCCGCUCGGGAAUGGAGAGCAUAUGGCCAGGAAUUAGUCUGCCAGAAUACAGAAGGGAGGCAGCGCACACCAUCUCGGGAGAGUGUGAGAGGCUCUUCUGCGACACACUGUCCGCGAUGCUCCAUGGUGAGAGGAGACUCGCGCGACAGGAGUUGCUUGAGGUGGGUGCGUGCCAAGCUAAUCAGCAGGGCCAUAAUAGACAAGAAUAUAAGCGCGUCCAAUCGUGGGUGGAAAUGUGGGAUUACACAAGCGAUGCUAUUUAUCGAGGCUUUGUGACAGAGACGAGCGGCGAGCGAACAUUGUUCGUCUUCUUCGAAGAUAAUGCAUUGGGACAUGGUCUCAAAAGCGGAUACUACUCUGUACAUUCAACUUCGCCCUAUUCAUACAGAGAGGCUUCACCAGGGCAGACCACCCAACCAGCAAUUAUGCCGAACGCACAUCAUUUCAAUCUUCCCCUGAUUCCGAAAUUCCUGCUUCCGCCCACAGUGUUCCGCUCACGACAGAGUGCGGGGUGUGAUUCUUCUCAGCCCAACGAUCACGAUCUUUCGAAAAGUGAAAAGUAUCUAGAUGGUCAUGUGUCAUAUCUUCGUUGCUCCCGCUGUGCAGCAGAUAUUUGCUUGGCUUCUCAGAUCGUCAGCAAAGGUUUCAAUGGUCAGCAUGGCCGUGCCUACCUUGUCUCCCCGGAGCCCGUUGCCAGUGCAGUUUCCGUGAGCGCAUCAUCCUCACCAACCAUCUCGCUACCGAAUACCAUCCUGCAGAAGCCUGUGUGGCGCCAGUUGGUUACAGGGGGGCAUACCGUCAGUGAUAUGAGCUGUGCUUCCUGCGGGAGUGUGCUUGGUUGGAAGUAUGUUGCUGCUGAUGAGGAAUCGCAGCGAUACAAAGUCGGCAAAUUCAUUUUGGAAACCAAGAAGAUCACGGCAUCAUCUUGCUGGGAAUCCCCUCCAAGAAACAUCGGUUCCGCUGCACCAUUUGGCACCGUUAAUUCCGGGAAUUCGGGUACAAAACUUGAUGAAGAUACAAGUUUUGACAGCCAAGAUGAGGAUGAGUGCGAGGACUUAUUUGCCGGGAUCUGGAAUCCUGAUUUGGCUAUGCGUCGAAGGAGUCGCAAGCCUAACCAUCGUUCCACAGUGUUCGGUCUUGGUUGA